CCACGAAAGAAGUUGUGUUAGGCAGCACGUUUCUUUGGGUUCAGGAAAGCUGUGUAUAUUAAGGCGUGUUGGGGUUUAAUCCCAUGAAUUUUUCUUCUUCUAACAUAAUGGAAACCAAUUUAUGGAAGACGACGACACACAAUUACGAGUGUGAAGAUGAGCACAUUGAACUACCACCCGGUUUCCGAUUUCAUCCCACCGACGAAGAGUUAAUCACUCAUUACCUUUCUCCUAAAGUCCUCAACACUAAUUUCUCUUCCAUAGCCAUUGGUGAAGCCGAUUUGAACAAAUCCGAGCCCUGGGAUUUACCUGGGAGGGCGAAAAUGGGCGAAAAGGAAUGGUACUUUUUUUGUGUAAAGGACAGGAAAUACCCAACAGGCCUUAGAACAAACAGAGCUACAGAAUCUGGUUAUUGGAAAGCUACUGGCAAAGAUAAAGAGAUUUUUAGAGGAAAGAAACUUGUGGGUAUGAAGAAAACUUUGGUGUUUUAUAGAGGAAGAGCUCCUAAAGGGGAGAAAUCUAAUUGGGUUAUGCAUGAAUUUCGUUUGGAAGGCAAAUUCCCCUUUUCUCCAUCUCUAAUUCUCAAACCCACUAAGAAUGAAUGGGUGAUUUGUCGUAUCUUCAACAAAAGCUCUGCGGAGAAAUUACCAACACAGAUACAGAAUCAUUUCGAUGCUGAUCAUCGGAAUUCCCCUGCGUUGCCGCCGUUAAUGGAAUAUUCGCAAUCUCAAACACCGUACUCCGUCGACGCACGUGCAUCACGCGUGACCUGCUUCUCCAACCACGACACAAAACCCUACACACCCCAUCAUUUCUCUUCUUCCUCCACAAUUCCGGCGCUGGCACCGGCGUUUUCUUUCCCCACCACGGCAGAUUCCGGUUGGAUGGGCGGAAAUUCUUCCAUGGUGAGAAUGUUGAUGAAUCCAAAAGUGGAGAUUUCGGGUUUUAGCAAUGGAAUAAUUGAAGAUAAUCACAACCCAUCAUUGGGUUCUGAUGAUCCAAUAGAUCUUGAAAGUCUAUGGAAUUAUUGAUGUAUUUUGGGUAAUGGUUGGUUUCUGAAUUAUGAUUAUGUGUGAUCAUUAUUUUGAUGAACUCAUCAUUAUCAUACAUCAGCUCCUCCAUAUUUUAAAAUUAUUAUAGGCUUUUUGUUAGACUUUUGUUUUGUUUUAAUUUUAGGGGGGUAUAGUAUGUAAUUUUUCCAAAUAUACUUGUAUAUAGAAAUCUCAAAUACUUGAAACAAAUGUUCUAGAUGGCCUAAAUUUUAUAUGUACCAUAAUCUUC